AUGUUGUCAAGUCCUGCAAUGGAGUUGCAAGCCGAGGAGACUCCCUACGCCCUUCGCCGUAUGUGGAACCUCACUCGCGCUCGUUUGGCCGGCACUUCUACGACCCUUGAUGAACCGGCUUUAGUGGACACUUUACUUCCAGCUCAGGAACCUGAAGGAGCUCCUAAGCUCCCAGUACCGAGUGACUAUGAGAGUGACGUAGAAGAAGCCUUUCCUGAAUUGGAAAUACUAGACCAACAUGAGGUUCCAAGUCAGAGCUACUGGACCGAAAGCGACUACGACAAGGAAGCCGUUCUAGACGCCGGCAGUCUGGGAGACAUCCCCGCCGUGUACCGCGUGCCCAAGCCUGCUCCUCACCAGAUGCCAGUCAUCGGGGUCUACAUCGACCCCAGAGUCAGAACGGGCUUCAGAUACAAAAUAAGACCGAUGCAGACUUUGGAUGCUCAGCCCCUGUCAGUGAAGCCAAGGUAUUUGUUCGAUGGCAAGGCUCUGACGCUGCAGUCCAUUGGUCGAGGAUUCGCUCGUCGUAUCACUUUGGAACCCCUGGACUCGACGCUCAAUGAUAACACCAACUACUUCUGGACGGACUCGCGUCCCGAAGGAUUCGUAUUUGAAAUUGAAGCGGUCUCAGCGGGAGACAAAUUUACGAUCUAUGACGCGAACCACGAGCCACAGGGAACUCUUGAAGUCGUUCAGCAGCAGAAAAACCAAUUAGAGCUGGAUCAAAAGAUAUUUGAGGAUGGAUCGAUCGAAAAGAAAGUUAAGAUAAAUACCCUCUGCAAAGUGGAGUGGUAUGAGAACGAUGGAGCUACAAAGUUGGUACCCGUCUCGGGAGUUGCUUUACUGAAGAAGGGGCGCGGUAACGCAAUCGUGUCCAGGAUCGUCAACGUAGCUAUCGGAAUCAAACAACUGAAGAAGGGAUACGAGCUGAAACCUGGUAUCAAAUCAUCCUCCCGCAGAAUCACUGUGAACGGAGCGGAUGUUCAGGACAUCCCUUGCCAAUAUUGUGUGGUGGGGCUGGAGAGAUACGAACUCCCCGUUAUCGGAACCUACGUGGACCCUCGAAUCGUCCCCGGAUUCCACUACCGCGUGCGUCCCGCGAACUCCCGUCGUCAUCUGUUCGACGGGCGCAGUCUGCUCUUGCAGUCCAUCGGCUUGGGCUACGGAAAACGCAUCACUUUCAAACCGGACUCCCUCAACGCCCCCGACAACUACUUCUGGUCCGACUCUCAUCCCGAGGGGCUAGGAAUGGAAACUCGCGCACUGCAUCCCGACAUGAAAUUUACUAUUACAGGAAACGGGGGACUUUUGCUGGGCGAAGCGAUCGUGUUCCGCGCCGAUUUACCCCAGGUCGAGGAGAAGACCGAAUACGUAGAUAUUCCGGGGCAGAGGGGCAAAGCGGUCGAGAAGUACAUCCAGGUGGACGUCACUUGCCACGUGAAGUUGGCCACGACCGGGGGUGGUUCUGCUGACUCCGAAGUGCACCUCAUGAAGGUGUCCGGAGUGGCCCUCGUGCGCAAAGAUCCGGGCCAAAAUGUCGCCAAACUGGUGAAAGUCUUCAACGUCGGUCUGGACUCGCAGCUCAACCUGCUCUUCGCUCACUCUCAAACCGAGCUCACUUUCCACCCCCUCCCCUAA